AUGGAAGAGCUAGCCCGGGAGAGCAUCAGCCUGCUGGCUCGGUCUGCGUCUCAUGCAGACCCUCCGCGGCUCGGCUCGUUUGGAGCAGUGUUCAUCAUGCUUAAAUCUGCGCUUGGAGCCGGACUGCUCAACUUCCCCUGGGCUUUCCAGAAGGCGGGAGGAGUGAAAACUGCCGUCAGUGUGGAGCUGGUGUCCCUGGUAUUUCUUAUCAGCGGUUUGGUCAUCCUCGGCUAUGCCUCGUCUAUCAGCAGGCAGAACACCUAUCAGGAUGUUGUGCGAGAGGUGUGUGGACAAGCUGUGGGCCAACUGUGCGAGGUCUGUUUCUGCUUCAACCUCUUCAUGAUAUGUGUGGCCUUCCUGGUGGUGGUGCAGGACCAGCUGGAGAAAUUGUGUAUUUCUUUAUAUGAGACGGUGACCGGGUCGAGUGAGGGAGAAAUGCCGUAUCACUGGUACACUGACCAGCGAUUUGCCCUCUUCAUCAUGUGUCUGGUCAUCAUUCUCCCCCUGUCCAUCCCAAAAGAAAUUGGUAUCCAGAAAUACACAAGUGUGUUGGGGACACUGGCAGCUACAUAUCUGUGUGUGGCGGUGAUUGUCAAAUAUUACAUGAUGGAGAGCCACACUGCCAUAAUAACUCCAGAGCACAGCCAGGGUAUAGGUUCAUGGGCAUCAAUGUUCAGUGUUGUUCCAACCAUCUGCUUUGGUUUCCAGUGCCAUGAAGCCUGUAUAGCAAUCUACAGCAGCAUGGAGAACCAGAAGCUCUCCCACUGGGUGAUCAUCUCUGUGGUCUCCAUGUUUUUCUGUUUGCUCAUCUAUACCCUCACAGGUGUGUACGGCUUCAUGACGUUUGGGCGAGACGUUGCCUCAGAUAUUUUGAUGUCAUAUCCAGGAAAUGAUGUGGUCAUGAUCAUUUCAAGACUACUUUUUGGAAUAUCGAUUAUUACCAUCUAUCCUAUUAUUCUUCUUCUGGGGAGAUCUGUCAUCCUGAAUCUGAUGCUGCGUGUCCAAAGACGUCGUCGGGGAAUUGUCACCCACUCAUUUGAGAGUCGCUGCAGAGCGGUCCUCACUGUGAUCUGGAUCACCAUCACUCUGCUCAUUGCCAUGUUUGUCCCUGAUAUGGGAGAGGUCAUCAGUGUCAUAGGAGGAAUCAGUGCCUUCUUCAUCUUUAUCUUUCCUGGUCUUUGCUUAGUGUUCACAAUGCAAACCGAAAAUGUGACUCCAAAAGUCAGGGUGAUUUUAACAGUUUGGGGAAUCAUAACCAUCGUUGUUGGAGCCUUCAUCUUCGGACAGAGCACAACCAUCGCUAUCAUGGAGCUUUUAAACAAAUUCUGA